UGGAAUCCUUACUGUUUAGGGAUAAGGACCGACAGAGCAUCCGAUUCAUGAACUUACGUAGACGCCACGCCGGAGACGAAGGAAAUCUUCAGCUAAAAAGGGGGGAACAACUACAGGCGCACCAUCAGAUCCAUUGUUUUCUGCUAUGACCACGCAGUGCCACUUUUUUACUUUUUCCAUCUCCGAUUCUGACGUGGUGGUGACUGGUGUGGCCAGUAGGGUAGGUUAGGUUUGUUAAUCAAUUGCAUCGCCAUGUCCUUGCGAAUUUAACGUGGUCAGGAAAACAAAUCGCCCGAUCUGAAUUCCACUUUCAAUCUGAUGCACCGUUGAUACCACCAACACUACUUUUUACAGUUCCGGGUAAAAAAUGUGUCGAUUUGCCAGUAAAUAUCUGUAUUUGGGGUAUGUCGUCAUGUGGGGCGACUAAAUCUGAAGGCGACGGCGGCUUUAAAGUCAGGUGAUUUUGUCAAAUUGUUUUCCGUGUUGCUGUAAAGUAUAAAGGUGCAGUUAUACUGCGACGAGGAUUAUGUGAAUCGCGGUAUAAAUAGGUUUCAUACAAUUGGGGAAGAAAGGGUUUCGAUUGGUAUGAUUCUCAAGGGGAUUGUUUCUUGGUUGGGAAGAGUAGGAAAUUAUGAAGUUCUGUAAGAAAUACGAGGAGUACAUGCAAGGAGUACAGGGCAAGAAUAAAUUGCCUGGUGUUGGGUUCAAGAAGCUGAAGAAGAUUUUGAAGAGGUGCAGAAGGCAGAUUGAUUAUGGCAGAAAUGAUGUUGGCGAUCAGACUAACGAGUCUGAGACUCAUGAUUCUUCCAAUUGCCCACAGCACUGCCCAGUUUGUGAUGGGACCUUUUUUCCUGCACUCCUUGAGGAAAUGUCUGCAGUGGUAGGAUUCUUCAACGAGAGUGCUCAAAAAUUGCUUGAGCUACACCUAUCUUCGGGUUUCGGGAAGUGUCUUAUGUGGUUCAAAGAGAAAUUACAAGGAAAUCAUGUUGCCCUCAUUCAAGAUGGGAGGAACCUCGUUACUUAUGCCAUCAUUAAUGCCGUUGCCAUGCGAAAAAUACUUAAGAAAUACGACAAGAUUCACUAUUCUAAGCAAGGUCAAGCAUUCAAGUCGCAAGCGCAAAGUAUGCACAUCGAAAUCCUUCAAUCUCCAUGGCUAUGUGAGCUCAUGGCCUUCCAUAUAAACUUGAGAGAGUCUAAGGUCAAUUCAAGGGACACCCCUGCACUUUUCGAAGGGUGUUCUCUUGCGUUCGCUGAUGGCAAACCAUCUCUAUCCUGCAGACUCUUGGAUUCGGUCAAGCUUGACAUCGACUUGACCUGCGCCAUAUGCUUGGAGACCCUUUUCGAUCCAGUUUCCCUUACUUGUGGUCACAUGUUCUGCUACAUCUGUGCCUGCAGAGCCGCAUCGGUGACCAUAGUGGAUGGAUUGAGAGCAGCAAGCCCGAAAAAGAAAUGUCCGAUAUGUCGAGAGGAAGGAGUGUAUGAGGCUGCGGCGCAUUUGGAAGAGCUUCAUGUUCUAUUAAACCGAAGUUGUCCCGAAUAUUGGGAAGAACGGCGCAAAUCCGAGAAGAGGGAGCGAGUACAGCAGGCGAAGGAGCAUUGGGAGUCGCAGUGCCGUCUAUUCAUGGGUAUCUGAUGAUGAUCAUCCCUUCAACUCUUCUUGGCUUUGUUGAUGCAGUAUGUUGUUAAAUUAUUGUCAAGAAACAUGUUUGUUGUGUGAGAAAUGCUCUAGUACUUAUUUCACCAAUAAGAGCAUGGAUUGUAAAGUAGUUUAAACCGUGUGGUUUGUAAUACAAACCAACCCCCUUCUUGCCUUCAUCUGUCUAUUCUCAAAUUCAGUGAUUUUAUUAUUCA